AACGAGUGUCGGGGACCGUACGAGUAGGUUUAGAGGCGACUUGUCUGUCUAAAGAUAUGAGGAUUUUGUCGAAUUUGGACUUUAUUCAUACGUUAAACAUCUGUAGGGAGUGUUGAAAGGGCAGAAUGGGGUUACUUCUCUCUGUUCUGGUGGUGUGCGUUGGUGUCUUGGAAGUUCUCGCUUGUGUCAGACAUUUUCAAGAUGGCUACCUUCCUCUGUGGACUCCACAUUGUGCUGUAACUUCCGGUUACACGGCUUCUUACGAACGUUGGCGGAAAAAGCCGAGUGAUAAUUUUGAAUUUGGGACAUUUGACGAUGUUUGUGAUACUUUAAAUCGGACUGAAAAUCAGUCUUUGGACACUUCGUCUAAUAUUCAGAAUGGUUUUACUGUGAAACGUUUUGAGAACGCUGACAAAAAUAAUUACUCUUCGACUUACGAGGAAUCUGGAAGUGAUAGCGGAAAUGGUUUGUCGUCUUCUGUUGACGAGCAUAAAAAUGAGGUCCUCUGUUACGAGAAACAACCUAACAUUUUGGCAUCGUCACUGGAUAACGAUGAGAGUGAGGUAAAUGUGAUUAACAAUGUUGGCAAGAAUGCGAUAUCGCACAUCCCUCAUGAAGAAUACGACAGGAGGUCCCAGGAGGCAUUCGCUGAUGAAUUUACUUCUGGCUUGCAAAGUGAGAUACAUCCUGUAAAUAUUGGUGCGCGUUAUGAAGUUUUGAUUUCAGAAACCCAAACUCAAAGUCCAGGCCCACGACUGUCUGACUGUGUGCUUGAAGAGACAUUUUCUUCUGACGCUGGGAUCGAAAAAUAUCCUCUCAGUUUGAAAGAUACAGAUUCCCAGCAGAAUGAAAUUCCUAUUUUAAACACUGACGAUGAAUCACACACUUCUUCUUUGGGUUCAGUUAAUGAACAAAGUUUUGAAGGAGAUUCACCAAACGACUUUCUCGGUGUAAAAUAUCCAACGCGUAUUCUCGAAACAGAAUCUGACCUCGAAGAUCUGUUGUCAGAUUUGUACAGCAGCGAGAUAUCGGAUAGGAAAAGCACGGUUGAACCUGGCAGUGAAGUUCCUGUUCAAGAAGGCGGAACAAAUAUUCCGUUGUCAGAAUUUAUAACAGAUAAGUGUUCCAGUGCACUUACAGUCCUUGAUCAGUUUCCAGCUACAGGAUGUCAGACACAGAUUUUAUUAUCAGGUCGUGCAGUAGAUUCGACUGUGAAUCAUGAAGGUGAGAUUCCAAGUACAAGAUCUGAAAUCAAUAAUAUAUCAUCAUAUUUAGAAAUACAAGACGAUAAAUCUAUUUUGGGAGUUGUGGCAGGGAAACCAUCUAGGGCAAUCGAGGAAGAUUUCGAUAAACAUCAAUAUGACGCAGUUACAAGUGGCCAAGACGAGUCUGCGGUCCCAGAACAGAGCAAUCAGAAUUUGCUUGUUCCAAAUUCUGUAAGUGAAUCAACUUCCAUCGCGACUGUGACACCAAAUUCUCAGCACAGCCCUUCGCUUUCAAGUGACGUAAUAGAUUCUGAAGGGACAGAAGUUGUAAACGAGAACUCAUUUCGUUCACCUGAAUUACGUAACGUCCAAGAGGAACUACCUGCUUCUAAUUUUCAUGUUGGAUCUGAAACAUUUUUGUGUGCAGAAAAUGCUGGACGAGACGUAGGAUCAGAUGUUUCCAGGGGAGGAAUUGAAGCCUUAAAUAGUCAGGUGGAACGCUCAGUUCAUACUUUUGGCACUGAGAGUACCACAGAUUUUAAGCAGGAAAAUUUGCAAAAUGUCACAUUUGAAGACCAUCGUAUCAGUGAAACGAGUCUGGAUCCGGAAGGAGGUGGACCCUCUUCACCUGAUUUUGAAGACUAUAAACAAAUCAGCAUCACCAAUGAUGACGCACAACAAGACGUUUCGGGAAGCCAUUUAGAUUCACAAAUGACCCUAACUGAUUUUGCCACGUCUCUCGAUGAACGUGCUCGUCGUCAGGAUGACAGUGGUUUGCCCACGUCAGGAAGUCUUACGGGACAUGACGUUUUGGAUUCCAACAUACGUUCAUCUUCAUUUACGUCAGUCACUCCUUUAACUAUCGAUACCUCCGGUCAGUCUUCGAUGUCUCGUUCUCCCUUAACAAUCGAUACUUCACUUGAAACAUCUGCUUCUGUCACCCCGUUACCAACAGAUCAUCAGCCAUCUUUGUCUCCGAUAAAAUUCCCUUCUGCUCCAAGAAAGUCCAAAGCAGAUAUCAGCUGGCCGAUAUUCUUCCCAGGUACUCCCGUUAUAAAGAGGCCAUCGGUGUCGUUCGCAACACCUGAGUCAGUGUUUGCAAAUGAAGACGAAGAAUUGUUACGACAAUUCGUGGAAGAGACAUCUUCGAGGUCUUCCUGCAUCAAAAUGCCAGCUGAUACCAGUACAUCGACAAAGUCUGAAACGACUCCAAACGCGAGUGAGGGGAGGAUAUCAGAAUCAGCGGAGAGUCCAGAGAGCGACGAUUUGCUUGAUGAACAACCCGUCUCGAUCAUCUUCCGAGAUAAAUCGCCUUCAAAUAUCGCUUCUGGUAAUGAUUUUUCAAGAAAAGAAUUGAAACUUCAAAGGCGGAAGGGUUAUAAACAGAAGAGGUACAGUUCUGCGACGGAAAUCAGGGCACAGGACGAAGAAACCGAAGACACGUCGUUUAGUGAAAAUAAUCCGAAAUUGAUUCGUGCUUCAAGCGUAAAGGAACCGAAGAAACUGUACAGGAAACCCGCCAGAUCUUCGUCGUUUGAAGACGUCGUGUCGUGCGACAGCGAAGCGGAGGGAAAUUGGGACGCGUUUGGUGCAGAACCAAGAGAUGAGAUGACGGAUGUUUCAGUAGCAGAGGAAGAGGAGGCAGUGGCUGGAGAAACGACGGGAAAAGGCGAUGUCGCAGAAUGCCCGAGAAUUCGGACAGAACGAAACCCACCGAAAUUAAACGAAUCGAAAACACCGAAAGAUGACACGACCCAAAGACAGGGCGACACAGACGAGGGAAUGCGUGAUGAUAAUGACGAUGAUUUGAGCGUCAGUGAAGAGCAGAGUUCGUCACAACAGAAAUCUGCCCCGAAAGAAGCCUUUUGGUUAAUUUUCAGCGGAGAAUACACGAAAGCGAUGUCGAAGGAUUGGCACUCCGGCCACUUCUGCUGCUGGCAGUGUGAUGAGUCCCUGACAGGGCAGCGCUACGUGCUCAGGGACGACCAUCCCUACUGCAUCAAAUGUUACGAGUCGGUGUUCGCCAACGCUUGCGAGGAGUGCAGCAAGACCAUCGGCAUUGACUCGAAGGAUCUGUCGUACAAGGAUAAGCACUGGCAUGAAGCCUGUUUCCUGUGUAACAAGUGCCGAGUGUCCCUGGUGGACAAGCAGUUCGGGUCCAAGGCCGACAAGAUCUAUUGUGGCAACUGCUACGAUGCCCAAUUCGCGUCUCGCUGCGAUGGCUGUGGCGAGAUCUUCAGAGCCGGCACAAAGAAGAUGGAGUACAAGACUCGUCAGUGGCACGAGAAGUGCUUCUGCUGCUGUGUGUGCAAAACUGCCAUAGGCACCAAGAGUUUCAUCCCUCGCGAGCAAGAGAUUUACUGUGCCACCUGCUACGAGGAGAAGUUUGCUACCCGCUGUGUCAAGUGCAACAAGAUAAUCACAAGCGGAGGUGUCACUUACAAGAACGAGCCGUGGCAUCGCGAGUGCUUCACGUGCACACACUGCAAUACGUCACUGGCCGGUCAGCGCUUCACUUCGCGCGACGAGAAGCCAUAUUGCGCCGAAUGCUUCGGGGAACUCUUUGCCAAGCGGUGCACCGCCUGCUCCAAGCCCAUCACAGGUAUCGGAGGGACAAGAUUUAUCUCCUUUGAAGACCGCCACUGGCAUAAUGAUUGUUUCAUCUGCGCUACCUGCAAGACGUCUCUGGUCGGACGAGGGUUCAUCACUGAUGCCGAUGACAUCAUCUGUCCCGAAUGUGCCAAGCAGAAGCUGAUGUGAACGGCAGAUCAUCUCUGAAGUAGUUGCAUCUGGUUAACACGAAGAAAUAUAAUAACAGAUUUACUUAAUUUCUUUAAAGGAAAAUUACCACACUAUGAGUAAUUAAGCAUUUUUUUUGCUAUUUAUAUAUUAUGCACUGCUACUGAUCAUAUUUUAGGAACAAUAUUACCAGCAGAAUUAUAGAUAAAAUAAAUAUAUUUUUUAAAAAAUAUGAGACGAAUUAUACGUAAUAUGAAGGAAAUAAUAAAAGUACGCUGGAAGAUUUACGUAGGUACGCCAUCAGAAUAAUUUCUUUUCAUACGCCAUAACAGCGGGUCUCAUUUUUUUUUUUUGCCUAAUUAGUGGUUAUUAUGAAUUAGUAAGCUUUUAACCAAUUUGCCAUACUGACAACAUUAGUUACGAUGAAUAUUUUACUUAAUUUUUAGGAAUGAAAUUUUAUGGGCAAACAAAAUUUGUCACCAUUUACGAAAUAAUUGUUAUAUAUAUAGGUUAUCUUGUGGAUAUGAUUUUUUUUUUAUGAUAAGGGAAAUGAUCCAGGUCGUUAAUUCUUGAUGACAAAGAUCGAACACAAAAAUUUGUACGUAAUUUUUGGAUAUCUGAAAUAAUUCUUUUGUACAAAGAUGUUUUCUUUGGGGGGAAGAUAAAGUUACGUAAUCGACAGUAACGCAUGCAAAAUGUCGGAUAACGCAGUUUAAAACUGGAUGUGGUGAAUUCUGUUACAUUUUUUUUUCUUUUCAAUAUAAAUGAAUGAAUAGAAUAAAAAAAUAUGAGAUAUUUGUGUGCAUAAUACAUUUGAUGUAUGCUGUUAUGCUUUUUAUAUUAUAUAUAAGGUAUUUGGAGGAGUUAUUCAUCACUUGCCUUAAACUUUUUCAUUAUCAAAUUGCGGCUAUUCCAUUCCAAGAUGGCGCGUCGUUCGUAACAAACCGUGGAACUGCACACAAUCAACACAAUUUAUGUGUACGAGUUAGAGCUUGGAAAUGUAAAAGAAAUGUAUUAGGACAAAAUGUAUUUUCUUAGUUUCCGAGAAUGCAAAUAUAUUCUGAGAGCUUGGAAAUUUAAAAGAAAUGUAUUAGGACAAAAUGUAUUUUCUUAGUUUCCGAGAAUGCAAAUAUAUUCUGAGAGCUUGGAAAUUUAAAAGAAAUGUAUUAGGACAAAAUGUAUUUUCUUAGUUUCCGAGAAUGCAAAUAUAUUCUGAGAGCUUGGAAAUUUAAAAGAAAUGUAUUAGGACAAAAUGUAUUUUCUUAGUUUCCGAGAAUGCAAAUAUAUUCUGAGAGCUUGGAAAUUUAAAAGAAAUGUAUUAGGACAAAAUGUAUUUUCUUAGUUUCCGAGAAUGCAAAUAUAUUCUGAGAGCUUGGAAAUUUAAAAGAAAUGUAUUAGGACAAAAUGUAUUUUCUUUGUUUCUGAGAAUGCAUAUAUAUAUUCUGAUUGGGGAAGCAGGGUGCAAACAAAUGAGGUUAUAAAUUGUGAUAUCUACCAUUAAAAAUAAAUGGGACGAUAGAUAAAUAAGGAGUGGAAGAGCUUUGUAAAGAUAUAUUGCAUUAAAAUAUAAACGAACCGUCGUGGCCGUUGCUUGAACACUUAGAACACUAUCAGAAUCACACACAAACAUACACACGUGUACAUACAUGCGCACAUACACAAACACAUCUGACAAAUUUUUACUUUACAAAUAAACAUAAUUAAUGAAACAUUUUAUAUGUGAUAAUAAAUAUAGUUAUUUUAUUUGGAUGAGGUGGCCUUAACUCGCGGUAUUCUUGCAGUUUUGAAUUUUUGACACCCAUAUCAUCAGACAAAAGAUUAUAAUGGGUUAAUAAUAUUUUAAUAAAACAUCCGUCCCAUGGUUCUACAGCUUCGUGCGCAGUGUCAAAAAACAAAGCUGCAUAUUUCCGUAUUGUAACGUUUAUUCGAGCACUUCGUCAUGCACUAAAUGGAUGAUAUCAUAGAAGUGACUUCCUUUUGACAUUUUACUGUCCAAAUACCAAGAAGAAAAGAAAAAUCUACAUAUAUUGUGCUGCAUCAGUUUCCUGAUAUAUCUAUUGUUUGCUUUCACAUGUCGUCAUAGGCCAUUAUAGGUUUUUUUUAGGUUAGAUCCAUGUGUACGCAUUUAUUUGUAUAGACGAGAUAAUGUUUUUGUGGUGAUGUGUAACAAAAAUUGAAGUGUGAACAAAAAAUGUUAUUAUCUAAGGGUGCUAUGUCAUUUGGGUGUAGGAAAGUGUUGGCAAAAUUUUAACCACGUUACUUUUUACUAUAGGACGAUAAUCAUUUCUCACAAUUUGUUGCAAAUAAUAAUGUGUUGCUUUGUAUAUGACUAUCUAGUCAGGUUGGCCACACUGAUGUUCACAGAGGAUUGUUUGACUGGCAUAUGCUGUCGCAUAUUACUGCUUUGUUAUCUUUCUCUUAACUUCUUAGAGUUGCUUUCUAACAUACGAGGUAUAUAUCUAGUUCUCGUUUCAUGUUACGCUAUUUUAUGAAUAUAUAAUAAAAACUGUAUAUUCUGUUCAUACACAUCAUAUUAAUAAAGAAAUGCAAUUCAGUAUAAA